GAUGUGAAUCGUACCCGAUUGAACAGUGGAAAUUCCUGUAGGAUUUGGUUGUCGUUAAUAACAAACAAACGCACGUUUGUAUUAUCUUGAUUAAUCCAAUGAAACAUAUAUUCUCUUUCUAAAUAUAAAUUUGACCUUUAAGUUUUGCGUCAGAGUGAACAUGGAGUCAAAUGAAGUAGUGUACACCAUAGGAGGCGUGAAGGUUCUGUUCCCAUUCAAGGCUUACCCAUCACAACUUUCAAUGAUGAAUAAGAUUAUCAGGGGUGUGCAGAGGGGCCAAAACUGUCUUCUUGAGAGUCCUACAGGUAGUGGCAAGAGUCUAGCUUUGCUAUGCUCUGCCAUAGCUUGGCAGAGAUGUGAAGAAGAGAAGCGUAGGAUGUCAGGUGUAGAUGAUAUAGAGAAAGUAUGCACAUGCUCCUGUGGUGACGCUGUUGCAGAGACAAACCCUGGUGCUACAACCAACCAUCCACCUGUACUGCCAAAGACACCUGUUGCACCCUUUACACCUGUCCCACUUUCAAGGCCUGUUGACAUCCCCAGCAAAGAUACUAAAGAAGAUUUACCCCAGCCUCCUGUCAAUCCAGAAACAUGUGUCCAACCUGACCACAAUAAUGAUGAAGAUGAUUUUAAACCAAGCAAGAAACGGUAUCGUACUCCUGUACCAGGCCAGAGUAACAAGAGAAGUAAGCUUUCCAAAGGAGUCGAGUUUGAUGACGAGGAGAUGGAAGAUGAAACCCAAGAUGAGAGAAGAAACCCCCACACCGAGGCUUACUGGAAUUCAUGUCAACCGGCUCCUAACACAAAUUCUGUAUCAUUGCCUCCAAAUCCAUCAUUAACCAAGCAAGGUGACUGCAAUUGUUGCUGCCACUCCCCACAGGUGUGUUGUGAUGGUAAAAAGGACCAGAUGAAUGAGAAGCCAAAGAAAUUGCCUAGGAUCUACUUUGGAACCAGGACACACAAGCAAAUUGCCCAGAUUGUGAAGGAGAUGGGACGUACAGCGUACAAAGACACAAACAUGACCAUAUUAGGAAGUCGCGAACAUCUGUGCAUUCAUCCUAGGGUGUCGAAAGGUCCAAACAAGAACGAGGGUUGCAAAGAUUUGUUGAAAAGGAAAUUUGCCUGUCCAUAUUUUGCUGUGAGGGGGCUAAAGGAUGAGGCAAACGUUGUCUUCUGUCCCUACAAUUAUCUUAUUGAUCCAAAGAUACGAAAAAGCAUGGAUAUUGUGUUGAAAGAUCAGAUUGUGAUUUUAGAUGAAGCUCACAAUAUUGAGGAUUCUUCGAGAGAAGCUGCGAGUUUAACGGUUACAACGGAACAAUUUACAGAAAGCAUUGCAGAACUUGAUAAACUUAUUAAAGAGAAGUGGCGUGUAAUUCAUUGCGAGUUCAUGCGUGUUAUCCUGACUAACCUCCUGAAGUGGAUAGAAAGCAGUGCCAGUAAUUUGAAUCGUUGCGAUUUUGAGCGAGAGAGUCGGAUCUGGACAGGUGUGGAAAUGGUUGCUAUUCUUCACAAUGUCAACAUUACACCUGACAAUGUACCUCAAAUUGUUCAUCAUGUAUCAGCUCUGUGUGAGGAGAACGAGAAAGAUGCGGAACACUCGUUGCCCUCAAACGUCGCCAGUCUGCUGGAAGGUCUCUUUCUCAUCUUUGAGUAUCUUUUCCGUGACAACAUGCGCUUCAUGAAAGAUUACAAGAUUGCAUUAAUGCGGACGAUAUCAAGGAAACCUUACACAACAAAUCAUGGAUGGAUGAGCAGAAGAAAAAGCAAUCAACAUUCAUUCACUGUAUCACUUAAUUUCUGGUGCAUGAAUCCUGCUGUGGCAUUCUCUGACUUACAAAACAUUAGAAGCAUCAUCUUGACAUCUGGCACUCUGUCCCCGAUGGACUCGUUCUCCUCCGAACUUGGCACUGAGUUCCCGAUCCAAUUGGAAGCGAACCAUGUCAUUCAUAAAUCACAGAUAUUUGUAAGUACCAUAGCAUUUGGGCCUAAUGGACAUUCUCUAAACGCAAGUUACAAGUCCUCAGAGUCUUAUAAUUUCCAAGAUGAAGUUGGACAUCUGUUGCUCCAAGUGUGCCGCAUCAUUCCGUACGGAGUACUCAUGUUCUUCCCUUCCUACAGUAUGAUGACAAAACUGCAGGAACGAUGGCAGAACACCGGUUUAUGGGAUAAGUUGAAUGAACUAAAGGUUGUUUUGAGUGAACCACGAGGGAAUAACACAAAUGAAUUUGAUUCUUUGCUGAGGCAGUUCUAUGAUGUCAUCAAGGAAUGUGAGCAACGACAACAAGUUAAAGAUAUUGAUGAUCCUAUUCAAAAUGGCGCGGUGUUCUUAGCAGUGUGUAGAGGCAAAGUGAGUGAGGGCAUGGAUUUUACUGAUAAUAAUGCCAGAGCUGUACUCACAGUUGGGAUUCCUUUCCCCCAUUUCAAAGAUAAACAAGUUGAACUAAAGCGACAAUACAACGACAAGUACUCAGCUGAGAAGGGCUUGUUGACAGGGUCCGCAUGGUACGAGAUCCAGGCCUACCGGGCCAUAAACCAAGCCCUUGGACGCUGUAUCAGGCACAGGCUAGAUUGGGGUGCAUUGAUUCUUGUUGAUGAACGAUAUGCAAGAAAUCCAAAUAAGUAUAUAUCCGGACUUUCUAAGUGGAUCCGAAACAGUGUGAUACACACUAAGCAUGCUGGUGAACUCUGUCAGUCACUCGAAGAUUUCAUCAAAGUUAUGAAAGAGAAACAGAAGGAAAGUCUAAAUAUUUCUACUUUACCAUCUGCACAAAUGACUCCAUCAACACAAAGUUUUGCCAAUUGUGCUUCAACUCCUGGAGAGAAACCUACAUUUGCAACUAUGCAACAAUUCUUAAAGUCAAAGAGUCAGCAAACUCCAACACAUUCACAACAUGGAUUGCCUCAGACUCCUGUCAAUGCCUUGCCUCCAACUCCAGUCCAAGCCUUUCCUCAGACACCAGCCUUGCCCCAGACUCCAGUUCAAGCUCUAUUUCAACCUGUGGCCGGUCCACAGCCUCAUCCCCAACUCUUGCCUGUGCCUCAACAAACUGUAGUUGUGUCCACAGAGGCUGUCCAAAAGAUGUUCCAAGUGCAGCAGUUCUUGCGAGGGGCCGAUGGCCAGCAAACUGAGGUACGACAGUUUGUAAAGCUGGCACCGUAUCAGGCGCUAAUGAAAAUUGUUGAAAACGGAAUUGACAAACUUCUUGUUGUUGAUCUGCCUAAACCAGUUGCAAAUGUUACAAAGCAAAAUAACACAAGUCCUAACAUGUCAGUUGGAACACCAGCUACAACCACAACUCAAACACCUGUACAGGUGAACCCAAUCAAGGGAAAUCCGUCAAAGGUUACUACCUCUGGUUUAAUUCCUACCUGCAGUUCACCCAGUGGAACUCCAAAUAUUUCUAAAGUUAAUUCUACUAACAAUGUCCUUAGUACGAACUUAACCAUGGAUACAGAGCAUCAAAAUGGCUUUUCUUCUCAGAAUUCUGUAGCCAUAGGUAUAUGCAAUGAAACAGUUGCCACAUUGCCAAGAAACCAAAUACCAGACAUCAAUCAAAAUUGUAGACAAAGAAUCGGAACCAGUAAACCACAUAUCAAGGUGGAGUAUGAACAACCAGUUUUAGAGGAAACAAAAGGAAUGCUGCCGAAUAACAAAGAAGGAUCAAACAUUGAUCUUGAUGUCAAUCAGCAAAAACUAAAAAAGAAAAUUUCUUCUGCUACCAGGUCACCUGGUGUUUACAAAUUUGUCAAUAUUCCUGAAAAAAUUGAACUUGAUAGUCCAGAUCUUUUUCAAGGAACACCAGACCUCUUUGAUACAGAUUCUAUACCAUCAAAGGAAGUCACACCAAUGAUGGGAAUUGUAGAAAGUGAGACAGAACUGAAGAAAGUUGACAAUAAAUUGGUUGAUGGUGAAGAAAAUGGUACCAUAGAAGAAAGAAAGAAUGUUCGAUCAAACCCUAUUACAAGAAAGAAACUCUUUAAACCCAGUACUUCAACAGAAGCAGCUAAAGUAUUUUGCAAUGGAGACAAUAAAGUAGAAAUUGAGGGGACGUGUGAUGAAACGUUGAAAGAAGACAUUCUUGAAAGUCAAAUUGUAACUCGAAGAAAUCGACGAAAGAAAUCAUCAGAAAGUGAUGGGAGGAAGAAGAGUAGAGACAUGUUGGAUGAUAUGGACCCUUCUAGUGGAGAUAAGAGUGCUGAACCCGGCCAGUGUUUUGAAGGCAUUUGUUGUCCUGGUCAACACCAACUCUUCCCAAACAUAAAAAGUCUGAAGGGGAUUCAGCUCUCUGAAAUUAAGUCAACAUUUGUAAAAGACUGCUUACAUAACUUACAGUCAUCACAUUCAUCUAGUAACACUUCACUGUCACCAAAGUGUCAAUGUCCAGUUAAUAAAAACACCUUGACUGACCAUCAAGUCUUCUGUGGUCAGCUAGAGCCAAGUCAUAUGACAAAUUUAUCCAGUGGUCAGUUCCAGAUUUCAUCAUCUGGAUUUCCCUACAACUCGUAUUGGUGUGAGGAGGACAAUACUGGUUAUCAACCACUAUUUUGCUGUGAAUGUUUGAAAGAAAAUAAAGGCACAAAGAUGAUAGGAUUAAAAGAAGUGCAAAGGACAAGUAAUGGCAACAAUAUAUGGUUGUUCUCCAAACAUCUGCAUUACUGUCACCAUGUCUUCCCAGCAAUGUCAGGCCAAGUCACCUAACACACUGAUUAUCUCAGCACUGUUGACUUCAUUUGAUUGAAUCACUUCAAGUAUUGACUCCAUUAAUUAUGCUAUUGACUAUAUCAUUUUAACUAUUGAUUCAAUUACUUUAUACUAUUGACUCCAUUACUUAUAAUAUUGUCUUACACUGUUGGACAUAUAUUUAACUCAGUAGUGACUCACUACCCAGCAUAAUACUAUAGUCUCUAGACGAGACUUUCUUAAUUCCUUGUUUCGCGUACUUAGUUUUUUUGAAUCUUAUCGAAGGAAGGCAGAAUAAAAAUAAAUAUUGUUUUCUUAUUUAGCAAAUAGUUUUGCCAAAAUCAUCCAGACAGAGAAGAAAAUAAAAAUAGAAUUUUAUUGGUGAAUGUAAAAUAAGAUAAUUAAAUGCUUCAAAUUUAUAUAAUUAAGAAGAAGUAUACAUGUCUUAUCUUUGGAAAUUUCCAGGCAGCGGAGGGCGUAAUAAAAAGAAAGAAAUUUCCACUUUUCCUUGGCGGUGGGUGCGCUAAUUGGCCAGAAAGAAUAUUUUAUAUUUAUUCGAAAUCAUUAAUAUUUGCAGUUUGGCUGGUUCGCUAAGCAAGGUGUAAAAAAAGCCUCGCCUUGUGUAACAGCAGUCAGAAACGUUCUCCUUUAUUUAAGCCCAAAUAUUUUCAUAUUAGUUCAAAUAAAUAUAUGUAUAAAUAAUAAUAUGGAAGUAAUAUGUAUUAGUGGUGAAAUGUUUUAACUGACACUGUGUUUUUGUCAGAUACAUUGAUUUAUCUCAAUUGGAUUUAUAAAUUUAUUUAUUAUCAGGCAUAAUUCACAACAAAAAAGAAAAGUAACUUUAAUUAAAGAUGUAUUGUCCCCUGAAAGUGGACAUUUAAAAUUUUUUAAAUAAUUGUGAAAUUAACUUGCCCAUUUUGUAGUAACAUACAAAUUAUUACUUGAGCAAAGAAAUUAUCGAAUUCUCAUUUUUUGCUGUAAAAUUAUGGGUAAACAUUUUUUAAAUACACUAAAGUUAAUGUAAAAAAUAAUUAUGAUUUCUUUUUGUAUUUUGCAUGGGAGAAUACAUCUUA